GGGUUGCGCCGCUGAAACCGGUAAGCGAGCACUCCAGCACGUUGUGAAGCCGCUCUCGUUCGUGGCUGCUCGUGAGGUGAUUCAGAGAAAUCACUCGUUUCUAAAUCUACAUUUUUUGAUAAUUGACCCACUGGUAAGUCAUUCCCCCCCUCUUUAAUUGAUUUUUUAUGAUUUCCUGUUAAAUCGUCGUGUUUUCUGUUCUGUGUGUAGUAACAGAGUCGCUUUCAGGACUCCGUCUAAAUCGUGGUGGGCGCUUCUUAGCUGUUAGCUACUUUUAGCCGUAGCCCGGUGGAUUCGGUAACUUCUCUGAAAUGAACAAUGUAUUUUUCGCUGAAUCGUGUUAUAUUAACUGCAUAUGUUGUAAUUGGCUUCAUUUGGCUCCAAUUUUGGAACAUAACUUUCACUAUUAUUUUAAGUCAUAUUCAGUUUGGGUUUCCAGGAAAUAGUCAGCACCGUCCAUGUAGCUCACUGGUAGCUCUCAUUCAGUCGUGACUCGUUUUCUGUAAACUGUUCCCUCCAUUUUAAUAUUUUAUAUAACUUAUACUUACAUGGACGGACUGGGGGGGUACCCGUGGUCGGAUGGGGUGACAGGUACGGCAGAGGACGGGGGGACCAGGGCACGUGUCGGGGUUGCUCCUAAACCCGAGCUCUCUGCCCUGGUUUGGGGGCCGUGUGCUCGACCAGCUGUCGUGGGUUCAGGGCCUGAUAGAGAGCCAUUUGAAACCCUGUCUUAUAUCUGGAAGUUGUCGGUGUACUGUCACAGACUCUCGCUGGCUGUUGGAGCCGCUGUACCGGUUGUUGGUGAGAGUAAAGGCCGGUUUUAGGCACCGACACUGCGGGCACGGCGUGGCCUUUGUCUGCGUGCCAUGCUCCCACUCCUGGUCGUGGCUCCUGCUGCUGCUGCGUGUCUCAGACUGUUUUUCACGGGCUUAACAUGUUAAAUAAAAAGGAUGAACGAAUCUAAAACUGACCUCAAAUGAGUCUGAAGUAGGUCUGGCAAAAAAAAUGAUCUCGAUAUAUUUUGUCGUAUCGUCCGAUCUCGAUUAUUAUCACGAUUUUUUUUUACAUUGUCAGUUUUAAAUUAUCUUUACGAAAAACUAAAGAAACUAGAGAUCAGUUCAACAUUUUAUUAACAUAGAAGUAAAAAACAAAGAAUAAGAUGCACAGAAAAAUAUAAAAACAAUUUGAACUCAACAGAACAACAAAUAAAGAUAAAUACUUGAUAAUACAGUGAACUAGUUUACAGUCCUGAGUGUUUUUGCAGGUACGCAAGACCCAAAAUAAACAAAUCACCUCCUCAGGGAUAAUAAAGACGUCUUAAACCGUAAACUUUGGUGAUGGAAAGGUAGAUAAUACCACUGAUUGAUUGCUGCUUUGCUCUGGUGGCUGUACCGCUAGUUGUGGCUAAACUGCUAAUGCUACUCGUACUGUCAGCAAUAACAGGGCGUACAGACUCCGCUCGACAGGAUCAUCUUUUAUUGAGCUAUUUUGGUGGGGUUGGGUUGGGGUAGACUAGGGUUUUCUUCGUUUCUUUUUAUUCCUCUGCAAGGUAAAGCACUUUGUACUACAUCAUUUUCGUAUGAAAAGUGCUUUACAAAUAAAGACUUGAUAUCAGCAUCAGCCCUCGUAAGGCCCGGAUCACCCACAGAGAAAAACCUAUUUUUUUCUUUAUCCAAUCAAAGGAUAUCAAACCCAAAACAGCCUCUGACUAACUCAGUAUUGAUGUAUAGAUUAAUUAAGUUUAAUAUCACUUCAGUUAAGCAAAUUUGUUUCCCAUUUCAGUGUUAUCACAUUGUUAUAUUUUGUCAAAUGCAGUACAAAAAAACAAUGAGAUUGCAGCUUUAGAUAAUGGCUGUCCUACUUUCAUAACCAGUUAUCUGCCGGUAUCGACCACAGAAAUCCUUAAGUCGCUUGACUUCAAAACUUUGAAUUAGAUGCUAACUCUGGCAUCAUGUAAAAUAUCUCCUUCUCCCCCUUUUGAACAUUUAGUCAUUACUUUGUGAUUCUGUCAAGUUUAAGUCCCUCUUGGUAUGAGCUGGUGAAACCAGUUCUAGUGCACCCCAGGGUGUUGGGUCCCUCCACAUUAGGCAUUAGGUGUUUAAGCUCAGUGUGUGUAUCAGUUAAUGUUUGCCGGUUGAGUGUUGGUUGCUUCGUGUGUGCCGGAGCAACAGAUGGCUCUGUUGCGUGGACAGGUGCUGCAGACAGUUCAUUAAGGAAAGCACUUGUUCCCUCAGUUGCAGAGAGUUUGUGCAUGUUCAAACUCGCCUUUCACUAAUCACUUAUUCAGCUGCUGCACUCAGUUCUUCCUUGUUCACGGUCUGGACACCAAGUUUAAUUGCAGGGGUUGCAGGUUCAGUUUGUUAAUUUUGGUUUGAACCCCAAAGAGUAAAAAGUAAACAUAUUUACUGAUGAUUGAGCAACAUUGAAGCUGUUUUUGCCUUGGAUUAAAGGGAUAUUCCGGCGCAAAAUUAAUUAAGGGUCAAACACACCGUAACACUGAGUUAGACACCCCCUCCAGAGAUGAAUGUUGUCAACUGUUUGCUUCUCUAGUUAUACCAACUUUAGUAAUGACCGCAAGAUAGCAAUACAGAGAGCCACGCCCUCAACCAAAACGCCACUCUUUAGCCACAAAUAAUGCUCAGAACAGCACCUAACUUCAUCAACAGGACAUAUAGGAUCACAGACAUAGUACUAGACACCAAACAUCUUUUAAACUUUGACUCAUUUCUUUAGCAAAGAGACUAAACACAACUCACCUGCUCUCUUCCAGCAGCCGCUUGUUUGUAGCGAGACCUCAGGCCAGUCCAUUACGGACUAUGGCGGGGUGACGCAGCUCAAGGAAGAACAUUUAUGAUCAAUAAUCAUCAUGUUAAUCAUUUUGUACUGCAGACGAGGUAGUUCUUCUGCCUUAACGUCUCGGUCUGAUUGUACCUCCAUGAAGAAAUGAUCAUAAAUGUUCUUCCAUCAUGCCCUCACACAGCCAUCGUUAGAGGUGCAGGUUUGCCGUAUCAAAAGGCAGACAUGUUUGAAUCGAGUGUAGAAACCUUCUCCUGGAGUUUUUCAUCCUCCUGUUUGUCCACUGGCUGUGAUUUCGCAUCGACUUUAGCUGCACUUCUUGAGCAGCGCAGCCUUGGUGUUUCUUCUCCUGAAGGUGGCAGUGCUUUUGUAAAAGUAUCUCAAUUCUGCUCAUAUCAACUCCAGUCCAUGCACAUUAAACAGAUGAGGAUUUUUGCUGAUAACAUUGAAUAUUGAUAUCAGCUCUGUAAUCAUGAUUCACCCGCUCUUAGAUCGCAUGUGGUCAAAUUCGAGUCAGUGUCGUGUUGAGUUCAAAGAGCUGCUGCCUGCAACAUGCUUCACCAGAGCAGUUCAUCAAACCUGACAGGCAUGCAGGCACCGUGUGUUCAAAUAUCGCUUACAUGUAAUGACAAUAAGAGUCGUUUUCUCCGCGUCAUACAUGUAGACAGGAAGUGCAGAAGAAUGUGGAUCUGUUUAGGCACGCUUCAGCGUUUUUAAGUGUGGUUGCGUUUGACUCCACGGUUACACUUGAAAAAUAUUCACCUCAGGGGGAAAUCAGUGAAGGAAGCAGCAGCAGCUGUUUGAAGCAGAAGACGCCAAAAAUCUGUGUUCCUGUAUUUUAGUACGUGUGGUGUGGUUUUUAAGUUUCAACACAUUACACUUGAUUCUGAAAACGACAUGCCGCCUCUGUCUGAAACACAAUGCUCGGUGGUCUAUUCAGAUUUCGUUCCUAAAUAAAGAUGUGGCUCAGGGGACAUUCAGGUCUGGAAAGAGUCCAAUUUCUGCCCCUUUCAGACGGUUUAAUCCGUGGUAUUAGCCUUAAAAGGGAAUCCAGCGAAGUAGAGCCCCCUAAAUAACUGCUAACCAGAUAAAGAAGUUGGUAAUUUAACAAAUUUGUCACUUUAUGCCUGUUUGUGUUUGUGGAGGCGCUUCAGUCUCAGUCAGUGACAAUCAGAGUCGAUGGAAAAACUAAACUAAUGAUGGUGUCUUUACUUUUUAGUCAAUUUUUAAUGGGCGAGUACUUCCAGACUGUAACAUUAAGAGUCUGACCCGUAUCUACACUCUCUAAAUGUGCAUUUUAGAGGGUGGGAAAAGGGCAGAGGAGGAAUCAGUGCAGUCAAAAUGGCAUUCAGGUUCAGUGACGGUUCAGAUUUAGAUUUUAUCCACUUGGUAUGAAAACAAACAGCAAAUGUCUGCGAUGCUUUUCUAUGCCCUAGUGGGCUGUUCUCAUGUCGAUGCACCCAGACGGGGCAUUAAACACUCGUCAGUUAUGUGGAUAUUUAACACACUUCUCAGGCUGCCGGCCUUCACACGGUGCGGGAAACUCGAUCAAAAGGGCGCCUGUAACACUGUGAGGCGCAUACUGAUCUAAAAACAAAGGUUAUGUCCACCUUUGAUAGUUUGUCGGAUUGGAUCUGAGUGACAUCCAUGAUGUAGUGAUGAAGCGUGGUGAAAGGUCGUGAUAAUAACCGAUCCAGGGCUUGACAUUAACUUUUUUCACAAGGAGCACAUGUGAUCCUAAGUGGAGAAAGUAAGGAGCACAAGAAGAACUUUAGGGACACAAGAAAAUUGAUCAAAUAAUGUUUGUCUUAUUGGUCGACUAAAGUGCUAUUAUUUUAAAUCAAUUUUAGGUCAGUUGGUCACAUGACAUGGAAGCGAUCGAAAGAAAACAGCCUUUUUCUGAGAACAUCAACUGGUAAUUUAUUGACGGUCCCUUAUUCAACACCCGACCUUGACAGCGAGGGUGCUGAGUAGAUUUAACCGCGCUGCUGUUGUUAUUCCUGGUUAUGAAGAGUUUUAGAAGAUACCUCUGCAGUGAGCGUCCGUCGGAUAUCGAACCUAAAACUAACUUCACCGCCUUUUACAUGAAAAAACACGUGUUGCCUCGGCUAAUUUUUUUUAUGUGCACAUGUGCUCCUAAAUACAUUUUACAAUUCUCACACAUCUAUUUUUAGUGGCAAAUGCGAGUGAAACGGUCGAACUGUCGAGCCCUGCGGUCUAAAAUCAGCGCUGAAAGCUUGCGUUUGGUCGGUCAUAUAAACCUUUGAUUGAGCUGAAUGGUGGUUGAUUAGUAAUGUCUGCUAAGAGGUCAGAAGUGCUUCUUCAGAGGCAUCAUUGUUCAACCAACAAUCGCUGUAUGAUCCGUCUUUUUAAGGGAAGUGUGGCGGCCUCAGCGAUGAUUUGCUCUUGAUUAAACUGAAGGAUUGCACUGAUUGAGCUUUUGUUCGGUCCUCAUAUCUAACCCUUCAGCGUCUCCUCCUUUUUUCUCUGCAGAGAUUUCCAGUUGACCAAAGAAAUGGUGAUGGAGAAGCCAAGUGCCCAGCUGGUCGGGCGAGAGUUUGUCCGACAGUAUUACACACUCCUGAACCAGGCCCCUGACUACCUGCACAGGUAUCCCCUCUGUUCAUUUCCACACACUCUGUUGUCUUCAGUGCAGCAUCAUCAUCGUCAAAUACAUCUUAUUUAACCUCUUUGUCUCUCCGCUCAGGUUUUAUGGAAAGAACUCCUCCUACGUUCACGGCGGCCUGGACAACAACGGCAAACCGGUCGAGGCCGUGUACGGACAGUCUGUAAGUGGGCUCAUCCAGCAGAUAACAACUCUUCAAAUUGUUUUUUCAAUUUUCAACUCCCACACGCACUGACACAAUGAGAGGGGGAAAAAACUGGAGAGCUGAAAGGAAAAUAACUCUCCUGCAGUUGUUGAGUCCAAAAGGAGAGCAGAGAGAACACCGGGCUGACAGUCUUUCCCCGUAAAACCCGAGUUUAUCUCAUCAAACCUCUUGAAUCAGAAAUGCUGAGAAUCACGACGCCUCCAUCCUGACAUUAAUGCACAUAAAUUGAAUGUGAUAAGACUUCCAUAUAUCUGCAGAUGGUUCAUCAUUUCACUCUGAAUUAAUCAGUCAGUUCAUCGCCGUUCCUUAAAGACCAGAGCAAGCUCUUUGAGUCCGAUUCAUGAUCCAGAAUCUACAAAAAGAGGUAAAGCUGAUCCGGCGUACAGUAAUCCUGCGAACCAGAUUCCAGAGUGCUGAGUCAGCCUAUUAGACUGGCGAGAGCACAUUCCUCCUGGUUGACCUUGUAACUUGAACCCCUCACCUUAGUCAACCUCAGAUUCCAGAGCAUUAAAACUGUCCUGUAAAAAUCCUCACACGGUCCAGAGCAGGUUUAGGAAAGGGAGCGACUUGGCGGUAUGAGAGUUUUUCUGAGCGGUCUCACAGAGCGCAGAACGAUCAGGACGAAUGUUCACGACAGGAGAGCGAAUCGAACGACUCGAAAACGGACAAAAGUCAAAGUUUUAAUAAAGUUUUCAUUUCCGCUCUUUUUGCAGGAGAUCCAUAAGAGGGUGAUGGCUCUGAGUUUCCGCGAUUGUCACACUAAGAUCCGACACGUGGACGCUCACGCCACCCUGAACGAGGGCGUGGUGGUGCAGGUGAUGGGCGAGCUGUCCAACAACAUGCAGCCCAUGAGGAAGUUCAUGCAGACCUUUGUGCUGGCCCCUGAGGUGUGUUAUAAAAACCAAGAAUCCGUCUGAUCUGGAUCAAGAUGUUUCUGUGUUUUAAAGUUUUUCUUUUCUUCUUUCAGGGAACCGUGGCAAAUAAAUUCUACGUCCACAACGACGUGUUUCGUUACCAAGACGAGGUGUUCGCUGACUCUGACUCUGAGCCCCCUGAAGGUGAGAAAAAACGUCCCUCUGUCUGCAAAACUGUGACAUCUUAGUCUGGUUCAUUGGACUUCUGUGCACAUGCGAAACAAAGUGGAUAAAGUUUCUGUUGGUCUUAAAAUGACAUGUCAUGUAAUUUUGAAUAAUCCUUUUUUUUGUGUUUUCAGAGUCUGAGGAUGAGGUGGAGGAGAUCGAGGAGAGGGUUCCCUCCCCUGACGUCGCUCCAGAGGAGUCCGCUCCUUUCUACGACCCAGCAGCCUGGUAUGGAUCACUGGAUUCAUGUUUGUUUGUUUUAUUCUGUUUAUAAUAAUACUUUUAAGGAAAGAUACCGAUAGAUAAUAUAAUUUACAUCAAACCAGAUUAAUUGAAUAUGCUUUGCUGUGCUACUUGUUCUAUGAGGACAAUUUAGUGCCAUUUGAGCCGCUUUGUUUUGUUUUAUUUGUAGUUUGUGUAAAUUACUUUGUGUUGUGUUUGACCAGACUACUGCACUUUAUUCUAAGUGUGAAAGCACUUAUGGGGGUCUUUAGGGUCUUGGUUUAGUAUUCAGUGGAGAUUUUUCUGAAAUGUUCAGAUUUUUCCAACUCUAAAGAGAAAACGUACGACUGAAACGGGGGUUAUAAUGUGCGAAGAGAGGACGUUUUAAAGACGUCUGAAACCUGCUUUAGCCGAGAGAUUCCAGUUUUUUGGUCUGGUGCCGAUCAUAUCCCAAAUAUCGACAGUCUGGACUCCAAAAAGCAACUACAACGGGGAAUAGGGAGCGCAGCGGAUUUCAAAGAAACCAAUUUCUCUUAAAAGCCACCAAACUCAUUUUUACAGAGACACAAACUCGACCUGCUGAGAUUUUCUUUUGUUAAGUUUGUGAUGACUACUUUUUCUCAGUGACCUUUUCUCCUGAUGGGAUCAAGAUGAUAACUAAAAACAAGACUGGGGACAAUAAAACAAGAAUGAAAUCCUGAAGGUACAAAGACCGAAACCUUCAGCAGCAACAGAGUCCCGUCAGAACUGAAAGGACUCUUCGUCGACUAGAAUCGACUGAAAUGUUUCAAGUUUUCAUGGACCCAUGACAGCCAGAAAAACCGCUUUUUUCUCUUAUAUGAGGUCCAUCUAAAACAAAGAGUACAGCCUGAGUUUGCUGCUCACAUGUGUCUGCUCUAAAAGGAAACACUGAAGCCUGAUUCUUAUUAUUCUGCUUGAUUAAAUGUUAAAUUUGAUCUUUGUUCAUGCAGCUGCUCCUCAAAAGAAAAUGUUAAAUAUUUCUUAUUUCAAUUGUCAUCAUAACUGAGCUGUGUUCUUGCUUUCUUGCAAAGCAGCAACAGAUUUGCGUGUAACCUCGUCUCGCUUGUUCCCUUUUAGUCCAGAGCCAACAGUUCCUGGUGAUGAAGAGGAGGCUGCAGCGGCGAGUCCAGAACCAGAGCCAGAGGUGGAGAAGGAAGCCGAGGCGGCAGUCGUGGAGCUGAAGCCGGAGUCGAUGCUGGAGACGCAAACAGACACGCACACGCCCGAAGACCCCACAGAGAAAAGCCCCGCCGCCGCCCCGCCCACCGCAGAGCCCGCCGCUGCACCCGCCGAACCCGCCCCUGCUGCUCCAGAGGAAAACAGGGUGAGUCUGAACACGAGGGAGAACCACAAGAAUGUGAGAUAUUGCUUCUUUAGGUUCGUGUAAUCAAAUCAGAUAUAAGGAGAUUUAAUAAUUCAGAGACGGAGACAGGGGUGAAAAUGGAAGUGUAGGUGUCGCAAUUUCCCGUAAAAGCAGCAGCGAAGGGAGAAAACAUGUAAUAUGUGCAGAUAACAUCUCGUUUUACUCAUUUCUCUGAUGCUUCAGAUCAAAAAUGUAGUUGUGGUGCAUUAUGGGAGGAGAAAACUCCUGAGAGGGUUUUUGUAGAUGCUUUAUGACCGAGACGUUCUUGAAAUGAAUCAGGAUUCGUCCAGAUUUGACUGAUCUCAGUGUGAGGCGUAACUUCUCAUCAGAUAUGUGUGUGUUGAUGUACAUGCUGAGUGUUUCCUGUCCUCCUUCGUCUCCUCCACAGCCUUUCUCCUGGGCGUCGGUCACCAGUAAGAACCUCCCUCCCAGCGGGGCUGUCCCAGUCUUAGGAAUCUCCCCACACGUCGUCAAAGCCACUCCCACAGCAGCGGUAGGUUUGCCCGUGUAUAUUCCCCGAUUCGAUUUAGAGGUGCAGAACCUGACGACAUGUUAGGAAGGUCAUACGUCUGAAAACAGUCCAGAGGUAGAAAAACAAAUCGAGUAGGAGAUGUGAGAAGGUGGAUUUGUGUGAAGUGCUGUGUGUGUUUUGUGGCAGCAGGUGUCACUGUUUUAAAACCAUCGAGUUCCCAGCCUGGACUCUCCUCUGUUAUGUAAAGACAGAUGGAUGUGCUGAGGAUGAACUCGGAGAAAAGAUUGUGGUUUUGGGCGCCUGAUUGUUUCCUCUGAGGGCAGCAGGACUCAAACAUUCCCCGCUCACUGUGGCUUUGUGCCGUGAUAUCAGAAAAACAAAAAACAGCUGACUCUGGACUUUUCUUCUUCUCAAACUUUGUGCUGUUGACUCUCGCAGCCCAGAGCAGAGGUGAAGCCAGAAUCCCAAACAGCAACACAGAGACCACAGAGAGACCAGAGACCGAGGGAACAGAGGCCUGGAGGUCCUCCACCGGUACACAGAGGACCCAGACCAGGUACGCACGCUCGCAUGCGGCACAUAAACAGUAUAUACUGCGGUUUAAUAGCCUCUGAACAGAUUUAACAAGCAGCCGCUCUGACAGGCAUGAGGCCGCGAGUAUAAACCGAACAUAAUCAAAUGUGAAGUGUGCUGUUGAACGCGGCACAAAAGCUCGAGUGUGAUCUCUCUGUGGCUGCAGGUGUGUUCAGAGACUCCUCUCAAAACAUGUCAGCUUUAAAACUUAUUUUGUUUUUUAUAAAAGUAUUUUGCAAAAUGGUUUAUCCACACUAAACUGAAUACACAGUUCACUCAGUCAGCUUAUUGAACUUUCUGAAAAAGAUCUUUUUUUUUUUUCAGUCCGGGAAGGUGAGCAGGGGGAGUCAGAGGGCCGCAGGGUGAUCCGGUACCCCGACGCCCACCAGCUCUUCGUGGGGAACGUCCCUCAUGACGUGGACAAGACCGAGCUGAAGGAGUUCUUUGAACGUGAGUCAGAUUGAGUGAUUCAGAGUCUAAAUACCUGUAUGGUUUCUUCUUUUUAGUGUUCAUUUUUUAACACUUACCUGGUUUGUCCUGAAGCAUCAAUUUUAAAAACAUGAAAUGUCAAAUUCAACACUUUUUCCUGCUUGUCUGAAGGAUGAGCCUCAAACUCUUUUCAGACUAAGAAAGAUACAAAUUUCACAAGAACAGGAUCCAGUUUUUGCUCAAACUUGACAUCCUCAUAUUGACAGAUUCUGAUUUAUACACGACUUUUCUUUUCAAGCAUUGAUCACUGAGUUUCUCCUGUACUAGAAUGAACCUGAGUUUAUAUUCUGACCAGGUAUUUGUCUUGAAAACAUCACUAACAACAUUUGACAUUCAAUAUUAUUUCUGCUGUUUUAAUUUAAAGCCUAAAACAAACAGGAUCCGUGUCGAGCGUGUUCUGUCAGCGUCGCAGCAUCACAUACAGGACGUGUCGCAGCUCUGUCUCAGAAGCGCGUCGAGUGCAGCUCUGCUAAAGAUUCGCGCCGAGUCUAUUUUCUCUACGCUUCCAACACGCGUCAGUCUACUCAGAGAAGAUAGUUCUAGACAGGAAGUCAAGCACGAAAACUGUGAACGUCAUCUGAUUUUUCAAAGUAAAACACCGUAAGUGAACUCCUGACUGUGUAUCAGUUGGUUCAGAUGAAAAAUACUUCCUGGUUCUGGAUUUAUCAGUAACACAGAACAAUCCGAUGGUCAAUCCCUGAUCCAUGUGGACCCCAACAGAACUUUGACCUGCUAACUCUGUCUGAAGGUAACAGCAUAAAGGAACAGAGUUUACUUUAUUAAACACGAGUAAACCUGCAAAAACUGAAACUUUAAAAUCACUUAAAGCUUUUUCACAGACAGUAGAGGCUCAACAGUCACUGAAUUACAUCCAAAUUAUCAGGAAAUCGACCACAGAAAGAAAAAACAACCUGUUGUGAGCCUGUUGUUUCCUCUAUACUGAGCCCAGCUGACCGGGGCUGAACUCCACCGCUCCAAAUACGCUGAUCCUGUGGGUGAUAGACAGCGCUGCUCUAAGGAGCAGAGACGCGACGUUGACUGAACGCGCUCGACACGGAUCCUGUUUGUUUUCGGCUCAACACUCCAGUAAGAAGAAGAAGUAAAAGUAGAAGCUGCUUGUGUGAUAAAUAAAAGGUCUCCCCCCGUUCACACAGAGUAUGGUACAGUCCUGGAGCUGAGGAUUAACAGCGGAGGGAAGCUUCCAAACUUCGGGUUCGUUGUGUUUGACGACUCUGAACCUGUACAGAAAAUCCUCAGUAACAGGGUAAGGACACUGUUUCUGAUUAUCUCGACCUGAGUGAGAAUCUGUCUUUCUUUUUAAUUUGCUAAGAUACCUGUUAUUUCAGUUACUGUUAUUUUCAGGGCUGUAUUAGUUUGUAUAGGGUUUUAAUUUCAAACAUUCAACAUCCUCACCCGUUAAUCCUCGACGUCUCUCCCAAACAGCCCAUCAAGUUCAGAGGAGACGUCCGCCUGAAUGUGGAGGAGAAGAAGACUCGGUCCGCCAGGGAGGGCGACAGGAGGGACGUGAGGCCUCGGGGUCCAGGAGGUCCCGGUGGACCCAGAGAGCGAAUAGGAGGUGGCGGUGGACCUCGAGGCCCCCCGACUCGUGGAGGCAUGGCACAGAAACCCAGCUUCGGCUCCGGACGGGGCGCCGGACCCAGUGAUGGGCGCUACUCCGCCCAGCGCCAGUGAGGCACCUGGGCACCAAACCUGAGUGUGAUUACUGUUCAGAUCAAACUCACGUCUGAAUCGAUUGGAAAAGCUAAAAUUGAACCCAAAGCCCUUCUCUUCAUGUCACACAGGAGACAGAAUAAGCAGGAUGUCUUUAUUUAAAGUCCGAAUUCUGGUGUUUAAACACACAAACGCUGUUUUCCGACGUCUUUCCUCCUCAUUCUGCCUCCUGAGUAUUUCGAAGGGGUUUCUGUUUGUAAUCGGCGCAGGUUUGGUCGAGAGCUUUCAACGUCAAGUCACGCCAGCUCCUGCUGAAUUCAACAGCCAGUCUCGACUUCUGCCUCUCAUGAAGACGGCUGCCUCCUCUUCCUCCCUGAGCUCCCUUCACCCACGCCUGAUUCUUCUUCUUCUUCUUUCUCACCUGCUGCUUUUUGUUCCCUCUGAGGAAUCCAGAAUGUCACUCCUCCUCCUCCUCUUUUCUUUCCUCCUCUUUGUCACCUCCUCCUCCUCCUCCUCCACCAACACACGUAUUAUUACCUGGACUUUGUUUUGGUCAUUUUUAUUUUGUUUUUCAUGCUGAACUUGAAUUUAUUAAGAAGCAAACCGUAACACACAAACACAUGAGAAAAAGGGUAAAUACUACUUGAAUUGGGGAUUAAAAAACCCAGAGGUUAGGUUUUUUUCGCGUUCUCUCUCCCUGUUUCUUAAAGGAACGUGUACUUUACUGCUUGGGCAAUCCUGUGUAUUGCUGCCACCGUUGUAUCUAGCGAUGGAUCUGUCUUAUCUUUUUAUUCUAUCAGGUCAAGAGCUGAACUGUAGUGGUUUUAUUUGAGUAAAAAUGUUGGCUUGUGAAAUGUGGAUUCACGGACGCGUCUGAAUGGAGCAUGUAUCAAAUCAUGUAUCAAAUCCUGUUAAGGCUUCUACUACCGAUGCACUUCAUUUGUCAUCAUGUUUAAAACGAACUCACCUGCCGAUGAGAGAACUAAAUUAAAAGUGAUUUACUGUUUUAAAA